GACAAGCGACGUCACCAAGAAUAUACUGACAUUCGCCAUAUUUGUUGUUGUUUUAUAAGUUGCAGGAAAACAUUUUAGAUUUUCGUCGUUUAAAACGAUAAAAGAAUGUCAUCCCCGAGUCCAGGGAAGCGCCGAAUGGACACGGAUGUUGUCAAACUUAUUGAAAGCAAACAUGAAGUGACGAUACUGGGAGGCCUCAAUGAAUUUAUUGUGAAGUUUUAUGGACCAGCAGGGACCCCAUAUGAGGGUGGAGUGUGGAAAGUGCGUGUUGAUCUCCCAGAAAAGUAUCCAUUCAAAUCACCUUCCAUCGGCUUCAUGAACAGAAUCUUCCAUCCAAACAUCGAUGAAGUGUCUGGAACAGUGUGUUUGGAUGUAAUUAAUCAGGCAUGGACAGCACUUUAUGAUCUCUCUAAUAUUUUUGAGUCGUUUUUGCCCCAGUUGUUAAGCUAUCCAAACCCUAUAGACCCACUGAACGGAGAUGCGGCAGCUAUGUACCUACAUAAACCUGAGGAUUACAAGAAAAAAGUCACAGAGUAUGUGAAGAAGUAUGCAACGGAAGAGGCGAUACGUGAACAAGAACAUCAAGAUUCCUCUAGUGAAAGUUCAAUGAGUGACUUUUCUGACGAUGAAGUUCAGGAUAUGGAGCUUUAACCUCAGCCUACAAUACCUGAUGUACACGCUGGAAAUCAUUGCAUACCUUUAGAUGACUUCUUAGGACUUAAAACUGAGCUGCACCAUGUGAAAACCAACAUAGUGCAUUUGGCGACCAGCAUGGAUCCAGACCAGCAUCCGUGCAGUCUGGUCAGGAUCCAUACUGUUCGCUUUCAAGCCCUACUGCAUUUAGAGAAACCAUUAGCUAACAGUAUGGAUCCUGACCAGAUUGUGCAGAAGUGCAGGCUGGUCUGGAUCCAUGCUGGUUGCAAAUGCACUAUGUUGGUUUUCUUAUGGUUCGGCUCAAAUCUCAUGUUCCUGUUGGAUCCAUCUAAUCCGUAACAGGCUGUAUUUAAUCCCCCAAAGGGAGGCAUAUUAGUUUUCAACUGUCGGUCCGUUCGUUCAUUAGUUUGUUCGUUCAUUCUUCACAACAUUAACUUUUCGCAUGAAGGCUCUUUACUCGCUAACCACUGCACCCAGGACCUUCAAACUUCACAUGCUGAUAGUACUUAAUGAGUACACGACCCCUACUGACUUUGGGGUCACCAGGUCAAAGGUCAGAGU